CACGUCUUCCUGUUUUGUGAUCAUAUGAAUCAUUGUGAUAUAACAGUGAAGUAGACUGACAUUGGAGAUUUGUAUACCAACCUCAAGUCAAAUAGGACAUUUGGCCAUUUGAAAGUGAAGAGAUUAGAGCGAGUACAUCGGGUCUCGUUUGGUCCUAUAUACUGUAGCAAAACAGCGCUGAGUGGAUUUUUAGUGCAGCAGAAAGAACUGUUGCUCGGCAGUGGUGUCGGUCUGGUCUUUCUGAGGAAGCGCUGUGGUUGAGGUGCCUGCUGCUGAGUGGAGCGGUGCUACAGAGACUCUCUUCCCCAUCCGCGUCAUUGGACUUCACUGAACACAACAUCUGAAUACAGUUUAGAGCUUAAAUUUGAGCAUAUAGCUAGAUUUUUUUUUUCUCCCUGUAAUGUUACAUGAUUUGAGCUUCCUGUUUUAAUUUAAUUAGUUCACUAGUGGGAGAUUCGGGAGUAAGGUGACUUGACUGAUGACAUCUUCAAGACGGCUAGCUGCAGAGAUUUGUCAUUCCUCUUUUAUAAGGACCAGGAUUGAGUCUACAAAACCCUCUGUGCUCCUGCUGCUUCUCACUUCCCCACCAUGCCUCGCUCUUUCCUGGUGAGGAGGGGGGGCUCUCACCCUCUGCGCCCCAAAGCAGGUAGCCCCUGCUUGGGCACGACCCUGGUGCCAGUGGGUCCCUCAGAAACGGACAAGAGGCAGUGGGGUACCCUUCAGGGACAGCCGUCACCGAAGAGUGCAGUGUCUCUAGUGACACAUAAUGAGGCCUACCCACCACAGCCCUCUCCACCUCCAGCCCUCCACCCUGCCUCACAUAGCCCCCCUUACCUUUACCCCACCAGUCCCAUGUUUUCAGGUGAUAGAGCUGCGCUGCACCACCACUCUCCCUCCCAGUUGAACCCUGGCAGCCCUGCUGAAGAGGUGGGCUCUCCCCUCCUGGGAGAGACCCGACACAGAGACUGUCCCCAGAUCAGUGACCACAGGACCACUGGGACUGAAUGUCCACUGUGUGGAAAAAGUUUAUUUUCUGUCUCCAGUCUGGAGUCCCACGUCCACAAGUCCCAUGGUGGCAGACACAAGCAGUCGUCAUCAGUACAAACAAAGACUAACAGUCAGCCGUACAGCUAUAGGCCAGACCUGGUUUUGAGCUACAGGGUCAAGGAGCGUACGUUUGGCUGUAAGGUGUGUGGGAAAGUGUUCAAGCGCUCCUCCACCCUGUCCACUCACCUGCUAAUCCACUCUGACACGCGACCCUACCCCUGUCAAUACUGUGGCAAAAGAUUUCACCAGAAAUCUGAUAUGAAAAAACACACCUUCAUUCACACUGGUGAGAAGCCCCAUGUGUGCCAGGUGUGUGGCAAAGCCUUCAGCCAGAGCUCCAACCUCAUCACCCACAGUCGUCAGCACAGUAGCAACCAGCCCUACCACUGCCUCUAUGGCUUCCAGCGCAAACAGGAACUGGGACAAAACCAGAAGAACUACCGUACAUAGACCUUUAGGUCAAGACCCUGGCUAAGAGCUGAUCUGAGUUCAGUUUUCACAAUCCAAUCGGGAGAUUGGUCAUAGCUAACCCCAGAUCAUUUUUUUCAUUAUAAGGGCACAACUGGACAAGCUUAACAGAAGCUGGGGAUGGAUGGAAGAACAGAUGGAUGCUCCACAAAAAAUUCUAACAAACAUUUACCUUGACUGUAGUUGAAUCCCAACUGUAUAUUUUGCCUACAUAUAUAUUUCUGUUUUUUCAGUGUAAUCAUAGGGUCAUAUCUGAAAAUAUGUUGAAAACACCUUUGAAACAUUCCAAUCCCAUUUAUAUUCCAAAGUAUCGCUUUCUUAAGUGUGUGCAACUCUUUGUUAUCCACUUUCAGAUUUGGAUAACAACAAGAUAUUAUUGUUAUGAAUGAAUGAUCAUUGUUUUUUUUUGUGAUCAAACUCCCUUGCUUUGUAACGAUUUACCUCUCGGGGUGGUUUUAAAGGUAUGUCACUUUGAGAUAAAAAGUAUGUGUGCAACGCCCGCGUAGGUUCUCUGGAAUUCUCUGGUACGGAAACAUUUACCUGGAUUUAAAUACCUGUGAUGGGCUGAGAUAGCCCUCUCUCUCUCUCUGUCAGCGCUUCCCUAUAAAAGCGCAGCCAAAAGUACUGCACUAAAACACCUGAUCCCUUCGACCUUCAAGCCCUCCACUGCACCACAGAGGAAGAACACAGACACAGGUAAAUACAUCAUUUAAAAUAAAUGCUUUAGGUUUUAGCCUUAUUGUGACCUCAUCCCCAGGCUUAAUUGCUACAGAGAGAGAGCCGGCUGGGGACAAGAUUAGCCUCAUGGUGACAUACCUGACCAGGGACGACAGAGGGACCUUACAUGUUGUGUGUGGAUCAGUCAUUCAAAAAUCAUGUUAACCACUGUUAAUGCACACAUAGCGAGUCAAUGUAAUUUAUUAUUCGAUUUGAAGUAAAUGUUUUGUCCUGAACUAAUUUAAGCUUGCCAUAACGAAGGGGUGUGAAUACUUAUUAUAGGUACUGUCUGUAGUGUAGCGUCCUGAUGGUGGUGCUGUUUAAAGUUAUUUUAAUUCAAAUUCAAUAAAUUAAUUGGAAUGAGAAUUCUCAAAUCAACUCUGAUUUGACACCCACCCUGGUCUCGAUUCAAGACUUAAAAACAGUUUCAAUCAGUAUACAGACCAAGACAUCACAAAAGACAUAUGUGCUGCCAGUUUAUGCAAUGAGGGGUGACUGACACUGAAUAAAAAUGUCAGUAUCUUCAA